CCAGGUUUCCCAGACCAGUCUUUUUACUGGAGAGAAGUUCCUAGCCUACAGUAUAAAUACAGGCCUGUUUUUAAACACAAGAUUUAGGCUUUAAGUACAUACUCUACAGCCAUGAGGAGCCUGGUGAUUCUUGCUUUCAUGGUAGCUAAUGCCUAUGGAUGUGGUCUUCCCACUUUCCCUCCUGUGCUGAGCAGGGUGGUGGCAGGAGAAGAUGUCAGGCCUCACAGCUGGCCCUGGCAGAUCUCACUCCAGUCGGACAGCAGUGGGCGCUGGAGGCACGUCUGUGGAGGCACCCUCAUCUCCUCUGACUGGGUCCUCACUGCUGCCCACUGUAUCAAUGACCGCUACAACUACAGAGUGGAGCUGGGUAAACACAGCCUGAAGGCGAGCGAGGAGGGCUCCAUAGCUCAGAGGGCAGCGAAAAUCAUCACUCACGAGGACUACAACAUCCUGCUCAGCCGUAAUGACAUUGCCCUGAUCCAGCUGUCGUCCCCUGUCACCUUCUCUGACACAAUCAUGCCAGCCUGCCUCCCAGACCGGGACUUCGUCCUGCCCCAUGGUUCUCCCUGCUAUGUCACUGGCUGGGGUCGACUCUCCACUGAUGGUCCUCCAGCUGACAUCCUGCAGCAAGCUCUCCUGCCAGUAGUUGGCCAUGACGUCUGCUCACAGUCUGACUGGUGGAGCGUCCUGGCAACAGAUAAGAUGGUCUGUGCUGGCGGUGAUGGCAUCACUGCUGGCUGUAAUGGAGACUCUGGUGGCCCCCUGAUCUGCCAGAAAUCUGAUGGCUCCUGGGACGUCCACGGCGUGGUCAGCUUUGGCUCUGGUCAGGGUUGCAAUGUCUUCCAGAAGCCCACUGUCUUUACUCAAGUCAGUUCCUACAUCAACUGGAUCAACACAGUUAUGACCAACUACUGAAGAAACUAUAUAAGUGCUUUUGUCAGCAAUAAGAACAAAUGUGAUCUAUGA